CACCGAGAGGGGAGGGAGGGGACGUCUCGGGUUAUUUAGAAGGAUAAAGGGAGAUGACCACACCAGCGGGCUCGGGCACUGGCUUCGGCUCUGUGUCCUGGUGGGGCCUGUCCCCGGCGGUUGACCUGCAGGCUGAGAGUGAGUCGCCCACACAGGACUACAAAUCAUCCGACACAGCGGCUACUUUCACAGCCUGGCAGACACUAACGUUCUGGCGCUAACGUUCUCUGAGGCUCCAAGGGCGGGGGGCGCCCUCCAGUGGACAGCCUAGAUACCUCUGCGAACUACGAGUCCCAGAAUGCUUAGAGGCACAGCUCCUUUUAAAACCAAGGCCAGGGCUUUCCUCGUGGCGCAGUGGUUGAGAGUCCGCCUGCCGAUGCAGGGCACACGGGUUCGUGCCCCGGUCCGGGAGGAUCCCACAUGCCGCGGAGCGGCUGGUCCCGUGAGCCAUGGCCGCUGAGCCUGCGCGUCCGGAGCCUGUGCUCCGCAAUGGGAGAGGCCACAACAGUCCUCCUGUGGACCCAGACUCACAGGCCGAUACAGAGCACGGGACCCCCGAGCUAAAUGUGCUGCUGUUGGGCUCCGUGGAUGGGCGACACCUGCUACGGACCCUGACCCGGGCGGCUCUCUGGCCUCGAAGGAGGUUCCGUUUUUAUGUGCUGGAGAAUAAUAUGGAAGCUGUAGCCCGACACAUGCUGAUUUUCAGCCUAGCCCUGGAGGAUCCUGAGAAGAUGGGGUUGCAAGAGAGGAGCGAGACCUUCCUAGAGGUGUGGGGGAACGCACUGCUGCGCCCCUCUGUGGCCGCCUUCGUGCGCACCCAGGCCGACCGCCUGGCUCGCCUCGUCCCGGAGCCCGAUCGCCUGGCGGAGCAGCUGCCCUGGCUCAGCCUGGGCGCCCUCAAGUUCCGCGAGCGCGACGCCCUGGAGGCCGUGUUUCGUUUCUGGGCCGGAGGGGAGAAGGGGCCCGAGGCUUUCCCCAUGAGCCGCCUGUGGGACUCGAGGCUGCGCCACUACCUGGGCUCCCGGUACGACGCCCGGCGCGGUGUCAGCGACUGGGACCUGCACAUGAAGCUGCACGAUCGCGGGGCCCGAGUCAUCCACACCAGUGAGUUCCGGCGCUGGAGGGACACAGGAGUCGCCUUUGAACUCAGAGACUCCAGCGCUUAUCACGUGCCCAACCGGACCCUGGCGUCCGGUCGCCUCCUGAGCCACCGCGGGGAGCGUGUAGCAGCGCGCGGGUACUGGGGGGACAUCGUCACAGGGCCCUUCGUGGCCUUCGGCAUCGAAGCGGACGACGAGACCCUCCUGAAGACCAGCAACGACCGCGGGCGAGAUCACGCAGCACAACGUGACGGAGCUGUUCCGAGAGAUGGCCGCCUGGGAGCGCCCGAGAGCCACCCAGGGAGACCCCGCGCAGGUGCAAGGCGACGCGGAUGGAAGCCCGGAGCCUGUGGCCUGGUCUGUAAAAUGGGUCUCUGUGUGCCAGGCCAAUCCUCCCAGAAUUUUCCAGGAAUCUGCCUAAGAGGAAGGAUGAGAAAGGGCUUGAAGACGGACAAGGCGAGUCAUCUCCAAGUUUUGUCUGUUUGCCUAACCCUGCCAGUCUUCCCUUCCCCAGCAGCCCCUGUCCCGGAAUCCUUCACUGUCCACUUCCUGUCCCUCGGUUCUGCCCAGACCCUCCACCACAAGAGCUGCUACAAGGGACGGUUCCAGCUUCUCUACGUGGCUUGUGGGAUGGUCCAUCUUCUCAGCCCUGAGCUCGGUGCCUGCGUGGCCCCCGGCGGACGCCUCAUUGUAGAAUUAGCCCAGUUCCUAGUGGACCUGCGGCAGGAGCAGCUGCAGGGGUUCUCCACCCGGGUCGGGGAGCUAGCACAGGCGGCUGGAUUCGCCCCACAGCCGGGUGCCAGGAGCUCGCAGACCUUCGCGCGCUUCUACAAGGCCAGAGACUCUGCUCCCAGCCACAAGGACCCAGCUGUGGGAUCUGGGACUCCGCCCCCUGAAGUCCUGGCCCCGCCCCUUGAGGCAACCAACCCUCCCCCCGAGGACCUGACCCAGCCCCUUGAAGGCGGGAUCCCACCCUCUGAACCCCUCAAACGGCUCUCAGAGUCUCAGGCUUCACUGUUGGAGGCUUUGGUUCCACCCACAGGGAGUCAGACCCCCAAACCAGAGUCUGACUGUACCUCCGGAGACCAACUCCCCAAUCCCUAACUUUUAAAGUCGGGUCCUAGAAUCAGAACGCGCCUCUAGAAUACUCAAUUAUACUCCCAGCAUUCUCAGCGCCAGAGGUGUCGCUAGAAUUUCAGAUUCCAUUCCUGGGAUUCUAUAUUUUAUUCCUAGAAUUCUAGAUUGUUCUCUUGAGUUCUACAUUCCACUCCCAAGACUCUAAAACCAGCCUGGAGAUCCGGCCCUGGGGCUCAGGCCCUCUGCGUGGUCCCCUCAUCCCCAGGCGUCCCAUUCCUAACUAGGGGCUGGGGGUGUCUCCUCUCACAGGCUGGUCAACACUAGGGUGGUCCAAGUAAAGAGAGCCAGAUCCUCUUCUCCGUGUGUCCGUGUGUCUUUCCUGCCCUCAGUCUGUCUCCAAGGGCUGGGAGAGGGGAGGGGCAGGAGUGUUCAAGAGAAGAGACUCGAGACCAGAUUUCUGGGUUCCCAAGAGGGCUAGGGGUGAAUUUCUCCGUGCUGCCUGCUGAGAGCCUGGGCACCCCACACCUGGAUUCUCAAAUAAAUCAGCAAAAUUUAUGGAUUGGCUAACAGGUUUGGGGCACUGAAACUGACCAUAACAGGGUAAAAAAAUGUUCUAGCCCUCAA